AUGUGGCUGCUGCACCGUCUCGGACUCGCGGCGGCGGCGACCAUCACCCUGCUCUCUUCCCCUGCAGCGGCCACCGAGCCUCGCUGCUUCCCUGCUGAUUUCCUCUUCGGGUCGGCCACCGCGUCGUACCAGGUGGAGGGCGCGUGGAACGAGGACGGCCGCACUCCGAGCAUUUGGGACGACUUUUGUCGUGAACAGCCUGGCUUCGAGUGCGCCAACGUCGACGACUUCUACCACCACUAUGCGGACGACAUCAAGCUCAUGGGGGAGAAGGGACUCCAGUCCUUCCGCUUCUCCGCCUCGUGGUCGCGCACAAUGAACUGGGACCCGGAAGCGCGACGCAUGCGCCCACGCCCCCGGUUGGUUGAGAGCGGCAUCUCUCCGAUUUUUACCAUUUGCCACUGGGACCUGCCCACGAAGCUGCACAACAAGCUCACCCCUCAGGGAUGGCUCAACCCGGAGAUCAUCGACCACUUCGUGGAGCACUCGACGUACAACGAAUUCGCCACUUCCUUCGUCGUGUACGGCUACAACACGGGUCUGCACCCGCCAGGAUUCUACGACUCGCCCACGCUGGUCUACGAGGUGGCGCACAAUGUGCUCCUGUCACACGCGUACUCCGUGCAACGGUUCAGGGAUCUCAAUCGAGUGGUGUUGUCCAGCCUAAAGCGCAUGGGUAUCGUACUCAAUGCCAAUCAGUUCUACCCUCUUCGGGAGAACAACAUUGAAGAUGCAGAAGCUGCGGAGCGCGCGAUGAACUUCAAGUUUGGCUGGUAG